GGUCAGCAUCGACACACGCAAUUGCCUAACUGAGGCAGGUGGCAGCUAUGGAGGAGGAAUGGACCACUGUGACGGGGGAUGAUGGGCAGCGGAAUGAAGCAGAGGAAUCAGGUCCUUUAAAGGAGGCUGAUGUAGAUGCAGACGGAACGGUGGCGGAUGAAGAUCAACACAUAGGCGAUGUGGCUACUAAAUUUGUGAAUGGCGUGCCAUCAACGGAGGUUCCACAGGAAACAAAUCCACACUUAAGUGAUCUAGAAAUUUUAGGAUCUCAGUCGGAGGCCGAUACAGAAGCUCCUGCUGAGGAGCCUGAGCCUCCUUUGGAAGAGUCACCUGUUAAGGAGGCCCCUGUGGAAGAGCCCUUUGCUGAAGAGCCCCCCGCUCAAGAGGCCCCUGUGGAAGACCCCCCUGCUGAAGAUCCCCCUGUGGAAGAGGCCCCUGUGGAAGAGCCCCCCGCUGAAGAGCCCCCUGCUGAAGAUCCCCCUGCGGAAGAUCCCCCUGCUGAAGCGCCCCCUGCUGAAGAGCACCCUGCUGAAGAUGCCCCGGCUGAAGAGCCCCCUGUUGAAGAUUCCCCUGUUGAAGAUCCCCCUGCUGAAGAUGCCCCGGCUGAAGAGCCCCCUGCUGAAGAUAUCCCUGUUGAAGAGCCCCCUGCUGAAGAGCCCCCUUCUGAAGAGCCCCCUGCUGAAGAGCCCCCUUCUGAAGAGGCCCCUGCUGAAGAGCCCCCUCCUGAAGAUGCCCCGGCUGAAGAGCCCCCUGUUCAAGAGGCCCCUGCUGAAGAGCCCCCUGCUGACGAGCUCCCUGCUGAAGAGCCCCCUGCUGAAGCCACCCCUGCAGAAGAGUCACCUGCCGAAGAUCCCCCUUCAGAAGUGCCCCCUGAGGGAGACUUGCCUGUGGAAGAGGUCCAUGCUGAAGAGCCCCCUGCUGACGAGCCCCCUGCUGAAGAGCCCCCUGCUGAAGAGGCCCCUUCCGAAGGACCCCCUGCAGAAGAGUCACCUGCCGAAGCGCCCCCUUCAGAAGUGCCCCCUGAGAGAGACUUGCCUGUGGAAGAGGUCCAUGCAGAAGAGCUUCCCACAACUCCAGAAGUUGACCCUGCUGAAGAGCCUGUCUCAGAAUUGUCCCCCGUGGAAAAGUCCCCGCGAGAAGAGCCUCCUGCUGAAGAGCCCCUUCCCGAAGAGCCUCCUGCCGAAGACCCUCCUGCCGAAGACCCUCCUGCAGAAGUGCCCCUUCCAGAAGAGCCUCCUGCAGGGGAGCCAGAACCCGCCACUGUGGAGGCCCCUCUAGAAGCCACCACAGAAAGUCUGCCUGAAGCCCCUGCUGAGGAGGUGGCCGUGGAAGAAGUUGCUGCUGAGCCCACUGUGGAGGAGGGCCCUAUUGAGGCUGCGAGGGAGGAGACGCUUGCUGAUGGAACCCCUGAGGUUGCACCUGCAGAGCCCAUACUAGAGGAAGUGCCUGAUGGGGCUGCUUUGGAGAUUGACCCCCAGGACACGUCCCUGGACGGGACUCCUAUGGAGGUGCCCUUGGAGGGGUCCUCUGCUGAGACACCCGUGAACAAUGUCUUCCAAGCUUCUCAAGACGAGGCUGCCACUGAUACCCACCCGGAAACGGCUGUUGCUGAAACCCAACUGGAGGAGGCGAGUUCUGAGGCUACUUAUGGAGAGGAUGCUGCCGCUGAGGCCUCCUUCUUGGAGCAGACUGCCGCUGACCCGAGCCCUGCAGCUGCUGUUGCUGAGCCUCCGCUAAUGGAGGGGUCUGCUGAGGCUGGUGUGGAGGGUGCUGCGGUGGGCACGCCCAACACUGACGCUGACGCCAACGACACUGCUGUUGACGUGCCUGCUGAUGUUGUGCCCACUGAUGACAUAGCCGAGGCGCUCAUGGAUGCUGUAGAGGACACCGGAGUGUCUGCAAGGGCACUUGUCGACUCGGUAGUCGGCUCUCUUAUGGACGCUGUACGUGAGCCCCUUGCCGAUGCUGCAUCUGAGAUCUCUGCAGAAGUCGCAUCUGAAGUGCCUGUGGAAGAGACACCUGUGGAUAAGAGUUGUGACUCACCGCCCCUGGUUUCAGAAGGAGAAACAGGGGAGCUUAUAGUGAAUGUACGUGACCUUGAAGGACCAGCUCCUGAUGCAUCCUCCCCCUCUGACGCGGUGCUCAACGCGGAGCAGGGAGGUGGAGGUGGUUUACUUGGUGUUAGGGAUGAGCUUACCUCUCUUGCAGCGAAGUUUGGGGAGAUGUUUACAGAUGCUGAGCAAGUUGUUGCUGAAGUCAAGGAGUUUGAAGUGUUCGCGGCAGAAGCGGAGCCAGCUGCACAGGUGAAGGGUGAUGAGCUUGCUACCUCCGUAUCCGUUAAUGCUAGAGCAGUAGGAGACGAGAUUGCCAAUUGUGUUGGCAACGAGGAGAUGGUCGAAGCGGCAGUUGGUGAUGCCGCGGCAAAACGACACCCGUUGAUACUUCCUGCCUUGGAUUCGGGGAUUGCAGUAGUGACGGAUGCAAAGGACGAGGUGGAACAGAUGGUCGUGCCUCUGCUGCAGUCUUCUUUGCUGAAUGGGGAUACUACUCCUGUGGAAGAACAGAAACUAGGUGAGGGGGGCGUUCUUGUGGAGGGAGAAGGUGUGGUAGGCACAGCUGAGGGAGCGCCAAACGCAGUGGAGUCGACGGAACAUGAACGGAGCGAGAAGACAGAAUCACCGUCGCUCGAUGAAAGUAGUUUUUUUGCCAAUGGCUUGGCCGUAGCAGCAGGGGUUACUUCCGCCGCUGCUCUUGCCGGGGUAGGGAUGGCUGCUUUCUCAGGGUUAUUCAGCAAUUCAGCUAAGUCCUCAAAUCCACCACCCAUACCUGCUGGUGUGGUCCAAGAUGUCGGCCAAUCUGGAGUGUCGGCUUUGCCCAUGCCUCCCACAGCUGCCGGGUCGGAAGCAAGUCCAUCGCCAUCUCCAACUGCACCGCAAAACCAUUGCGAUGGUCAAACGGAUGGGAGGUCAGGAGGUGUGGGACAUGGAGUGCCAGCUCCCUCGGACAAAAGUCUCUCCGACAAGGCGUCGGGCCUUUUGCAGAGAUUGGGCGCGGAGGAAGGCAUGUUGCCUAUAAAUGGAAAGUUGGAAGAGCUUCAUCAUGCUGCAGACCGUGUAGGGAACCUGGCAACCGGUGUUAGUUCAUCGAUGAAGGAUGCGGCCUCAGACUCAUUACCUGAUGGACUUGAGGAGAAGGCAAGGGCCUUUAGUCUUGGGGGGUCCGUGAGUAGUGGUAAUCUCCCUGACCUGGGAGCCGCUGCCGCCCUGGUGCCCACUUGCAGAACAGACGCCGGAUCAGUGCUGACAGCUACUGGCAUGGGGUCUAUUUUAGGAAACACUUCGAGUCUGGGGGCUGUUCUAGGGGAUGGGAGCAGCAGGAAAGAAGCAACUAGAGAAGAGAGUGGACUGGCGCAGGCUCCUGCGGGGGAGCAGACAGCUGGGCAUGAUGUAGGUCGAGGGGUGGAAGUUCCUUCUCAAGCUGCUGCGCUUGCUGCCACAGUGGGUGGUAUGAAGGAGGCAAUCUCUUCUACGAAAGUGGACAUCCCUAUUCCUCCGGUGCAGGGGGUUUCUGGUGUUGAUGGUCUGCGCACCAACCUGGCAGGGUUGGACGUGUCUUCCAUUGUCAGCGAUCUGGAGAGGCGGACUGCAGGUCUGGUGAGUGGAACAGGAAUUGUACCUGGAGCAAUCGGUGCCAAGCUUGGUUCCACAGCAGCAGCCACAGGUGUUGCUGAUGCUCCUGCCACGAAUGACUCACAGAUGCAGGAGAAGAGAAGUCCUGAUGGGAAACAACUCUUGCCGAGCCCCGAAGCAAUUGGAGACGUCGGUGUGCCGUUUCUGACAAAGAACCUGACAUCUGCGGAAUGGCCAUCUGCAGCCAGUGGUUUGCAGGAGGGAAAGCAAAAGUUGGCGGAGGGAGUGGGACAGUUGUGGGGUGGCGUCCCGAUGACGUCUAUGACGGCUGUCAUGGGAAACGUGUCUGGAGUGGUAAAGGGUGUGAAAAUCCCGGACACCGUCCCAGGGAUUGGGAGCGGUGGAAAAGCGGCGGCAACAGAGGAAGAGAGCAAAUUGAUGCAGGCUCGAGUGAGAGAGAAUACAGCGGAGUGUGCAAAUGAGGCGGGAUCUUCCUCGCCGGCUGAUCUGGCGACUGCCGCUGUGGGGGGGGCGAAGAGGGGUAUUGCCAGCAUCACCGAUCUGAAUGCUAACCUGGCAAAUUUGAAUCAAGCUUCACUUCUGCAGGUGGGGAAGACAAAGCUAGUGGGAGGAGUGCGGCAGCUGGGUACUGCGGUCACGGUUGGAACUAACGGCAUCGCUGCCAUGGCUACAAAUACAGGGAUUGAGGGCGGACACACCCUUGACGCCGGAUUUGAAUAUCGGGAGAGGGUAGGGUCUGCCCACAACAGUGCCCCAAGAGUAGCAGCUUGGCCAGAGAUAAGAGCUCGUGCAUCACAAGGUGAUCGAUUCCGGAAAUCGUAAUUGUUUGUAGGCACCAGUUAGUUGUUGUUUUUUUUUGUUUUUUUUUUGAAGCUUUGUUGGGAUGGUUCGCGCGGUCGACUGCGAAGGAAUAGGCGAAUCGUUUUGCGGACGGAUUGCGACCAACAGGAGAUGAACAUGCGUGUAUUUAGAACCUUUCCUCUCGUGAGUCCGUGGGGACCAGAACCGCUGGUCUUGUGGUCCUACUGCUGAUAGACUGUGAUUAACCCAUAGCCUAUGGGGAGUGCUGUAUUCUUGAUUCGCGGGGAAAAAAGCGGAACUAAUGAUGGAGAAGGUAGGUGGUUGCACUUUGGCAAGAUGAUUGAGAAAAAGGGAGAAGGAGAGUACAGCUUUGGUAAUGUGUUUGGACUCUUCGGAGUGUUCCCUUUUUUUGAAGAUCGCUGUUUUUUUUUUUUUUUUUUUUUUUUUUUCCCCUUCCUCUGUCAAUCUCUGGCUGGCCAUCUGCUUUGUGACCCUGUCCUGAUUUUUGAGUUGGAUAAGAUGCGGAUAACUUUGGAUAAGGUUGAAUAAGGGUGUACUUACGCUAGCCUGAUCAUCGUAAAUGUAUCUGACCAUGUUUACGGCCCAACCUGGAUGCAUCUGACCGCAGUUACGUUCAUAAAUAAGUAAAAAGCGUCCUAGUGC